AUGGGCCCAGAAAUAGUCUGGGACUUGUUCGUGGAUGGGUCAUCUACUGCUCAGGCUAGCGGAGCCGGGCUUGCUCUUGUCUCCCUAGAGGGAGAAAAUAUACAGUACGCACUUCGGUUUGGUUUCAAAGCAACCAACAACGAAGCAGAGUAUGAAGCCUUGAUAGCAGGAUUAAAAGUGGCAAAUGCCCUAGGGGUUGAGCAAUUAAAGGUGUACACCGACUCCCAGCUGGUCGCUGGACAAGUUCAAGCGGAAUAUGAGGCACGAGACGAGAAGAUGAAGAGUUAUCUACAAAAGGUGAAGGAAUUAAAGAAUCACUUCCAAAGAUUCUUAAUUCAUCAAAUACCACGAGAAGAGAAUGGGAAAGCAGACGCUUUAGCCCGGCUAGCUACUGCAUUAGAACCUGAGAUCAAUAAGAAUAUACCACUGGAAUAUUUGGAUGAACUAUCUAUAUCUCAGGAGAGACAAAUUGAAGUGCAACAAGCGAUAUUGAGUGUGGAAUGGGCAGAUCCUAUCAUCAGAUAUAUCAAGGAUGGGGUGCUACCAACAGACCGAGUAGAAGCUCAAAAGGUCAAGAUACGGGCAGCUAGGUAUACGCUUAUCAAAGGGGUGUUCUACAAGAGAAGCUUCUCCAUGCCGUAUUUACGAUGCGUUUCUAGCGAGGAAGCUGACUACAUUUUGAGGGAGAUCCACCUAGGAGUUUGUGGAAACCAUGCUCGGGGUAGGUCACUUGCCAACAAGGCCAUCCGACAAGGAUACUAUUGGCCCACCAUGCAGAAAGAUGCACUUGACUUCGUUAAAAAGUGCGACAAGUGUCAACGAUUUGCCAACACCCCGAGACAACCGCCAGAGGAGAUGACUCCCAUGUCAGGACCAUGGCCAUUUGCUCAAUGGGGAAUGGACUUGAUUGGCCCUCUCGUCAAAGGCAAAGGGCAGACUAAGUAUGCCAUUGUUAUGGUUGAUUACUUCACUAAAUGGGUAGAAGCUAAGCCUCUGGCCAAGAUCACAGAGAACAAUAUAAGGAAGUUUGUUUGGAAAUCAAUAGUUUGCAGAUUUGGGAUUCCUAGAAUGAUUGUCACAUACAAUGCAAAACAGUUUGAUAACUCUGACUUCAAAAAUUUUUGUUCCGAGCUCGGGAUUCAAAUUCAUUUCUCAUCGCCAGGACAUCCCUAG